GGGCUUGGAUAACCCUGAUCCAGUGGGAGGUGUCCCUGCCCAUGGCAGGGAGUGGAACUAGAUGAUCUUUAAGGUUCCUUCUAACCCAAACUGUUCUAUGAUUCUAUAAUAGCAUGGGUUUUUAUAGCAUGCUUUUUCAAGCGGUGUUUUUCCACACACCAUUAGGUCUCGUGUUCAGGGCGAUCUGUGCUUAACAGAGGGGUCUUUUUCUAUAAUCCCCUCUGUUUGCAGUCUCACCCUGUCUCAAACAUGAGGCAAGGCAGAGAGCUGGCUCCAAAGCUCUAAAUUAUCAAAAGGUUUGACCGUUUUCAAGAUCAUAACAACAUUAAAAUUAGUCCUUGCGAAGUAAUAGAAUAUGCUUAAGAUUUCUGGGAAAAAUUAUACAUAUGCAGGGAAGUGGGAAAUGUAGUGUGGAACAGCAAUGUCUUGUUGCACGUGAUUGUUGGAGAUCACUCCCACAUGUUGCCCGGACUGAUAAAGGCUGCUCACUUUCUAAAACUCCAGAAUGAGUCUUAGCAACUUCCUUUGCCGGCAUCGUUUAUCUUGAGGUGCUGCCCCAGAGAAGGGCAACAAAGCUGGUGAAGAGGCUGGAGCACUUAUGAGAGGCGGCUGAGGGACUGGGGGUUGUACAGCCUGGAGAAACGGAGGCUGAGGGGAGACCUCAUCACUGUCUACAACUGCUUGAAAGGAGGUCGUAGCGAGAGUUUGUCAGCCUCACGGCAGCUUUGAUGUGAUUUGUUAUGCCCGACCACGCCAACGUCAGCCUCCCACCGGAGGAGCGAGUCCGAAGACUGAUCCAGGUGGGAAGCGCUGUGGAAGUGAACGAGGACAUCCCACCACGACGCUACUACCGCUCCGGAGUGGAAAUCCUCCGCAUGGCGACCAUUUACUUGGAGGAAGGCAAUAUUGAGCAUGCCUUUAUCCUGUACAACAAAUACAUCACGCUCUUCAUCGAGAAGCUGCCACAACACCGCGAUUACAAAACUGCUGUCAUACCUGAAAAGAGGGAGACGGUGAAAAAACUCAAAGAAGUAGCCUUCCCCAGAGCGGAGGAGCUCAAGGAGGAGCUGUUAAAGAGGUACGCCAAGGACUAUGCUAAGCACAAGGAGCAGGAGCAGCAGCUGGAAGAGGAGAGGAAUCGGGUAGCCCUGAUGAAACAGCAGCAGGCAGAGCAAGAGCAGUUUCAUGCCUUCGAGGAGAUGAUUCGACGACAGGAACUGGAAAAGGAACGUCUGAGGAUAGUGCAGGAAUUUGGAAAGCCAGAGCAGAAUCUCGAAUCUCAGGACGGACCUCUCAUCCCUGGCGUGGAAAAGCCCCCGACUGAUUUAACCCCAAAGGUUCCCGUCUCUCCAGUUCACCCUGCAAGUCCAUCAGCAGGGACUGUCUCAUCCAAACCUCCUGUUGUGGACAGGUCCUUGAAACCUAGUGCUUUGGGGAGCACGGAAAACAAUGCAAGCACAGAAGUCCUUCGCCAGGUCAUUGUCCCUAGGGAGCUCUGCCAGAAAUUCCUCCAGCUGGCUGAUGCCAACACGGUCCGGGGUGUGGAGACAUGUGGGAUCCUCUGCGGUAAACUGAUGAGGAACGAGUUCACGAUAACCCACGUCAUCGUUCCCAAGCAGCACGGAGGCCCCGAUUAUUGCAACACAGAGAAUGAAGAGGAGCUCUUUAUGAUCCAGGAUCAGCACGGCCUUGUUACGCUAGGCUGGAUCCAUACUCACCCCACACAGACAGCCUUCCUCUCUAGUGUUGACCUGCACACGCACUGCUCCUACCAGAUGAUGUUGCCGGAGUCCAUUGCCAUUGUGUGUUCUCCAAAAUACCAGGAGACGGGUUUUUUCAAACUGACGGAGCAUGGCCUGGAGGAGAUCUCUUCAUGCCGACAGAAAGGAUUCCACCCACACUCCAAAGACCCCCCUCUCUUCACUACCUGCAAUCAUGUAUCGGUAGUCGAGAGAGAUGUGGUCCUGCUGGAUCUCCGAUAGGCCUCUUGCCUUAACCGUUUACAGAAAACCACCAACCUUCCCUCUAGGCCUAGGGAAAUUGUUUUUCUCCCGUAGCAGAUGAUUUCUACCGUGUAGUGAUCCUUCCCCUUCCUCCUCCAAUAAUCGCGGUGAAAUCGGUACCCUGACCUCAGUGGGUCCAUGUGAAACCUCAGUGCCUGCCAUGGGGCGGGCAAAGCGGUGCCGGGGUUCACGGUGUGGGGGAAAGCUAACUGGAAACACAAAGACAGGAGCUAACACUGAAGCAAUUGUUUAAUAUUCUAAUCUGUAGCUUGAACAGCUUGAGGGGUUUCUCCGUGAUUUGCUGCAACCAUGAGGUGUGGAAACCUCUUCAAGUGCUUUCCAAAGUGGGACUUGCCCAAAUUAACCCAUGCUUUGUCUUGCCUCUCUCUCUGGGCUGCUGGGUGUUCCCCAGAGCCGCUGGCUGGAGCAGAUGAGUCUGCUAUAGUUUAAGUCUGAACCUUCUUAACCUCUUUUAACCCGUGCAAGAUUAUCACCGCUGGGCCAGGGUGAGUUCUGCUUACUGGUACUUGGGUAGAGGCCUGGUGAGGGGAGAAAGGGCCCAACCUCCAUUGGGAACCCGUUUCAGUGGAGAAGGUCCUGGAUGUGACACUGCUUUGCACAAGCUGCUUCAUCCCAGAAGCGGUGAGGGACGCCUCCGGUUCCUGUAUGCCUUUUCCUGGAUGGGGGAUUCACUCUGGCCUGUGGGCUGCCCAGCGAGGGUUUUGGUUCUGCUUCUUGCUGCUGUUACCAUGGAGGAGGCUCUUGGGCUCUUGGCUGCAGCGCUGCUCCAUGAAGGCUCUGCAAGACCAUUGCCUCUCUGAGAUGGGACUCCAGCAGCUUGCGCCACUUCAGUCCUCGAUCAUCUCUACCCCCGAUGGCCUCUGCACUUCUCAAAGCACUAUGAAGCCUGUCCUUGCCAAACCCAAGCACUCUUGAUGUUGCCGUUAAGCGGUACACCAGCCGGAGACCUCCUCCAAAAUACUCUCAUGGGACAUCAAGCAGUGGUUUUCCUUCCCUGCACUAUCCAUGCCGAGCGUCCGCCCUCGCCUCUGCCGGCAUUGGAAGGGAAGAAGCCAUAUGGAAAGGUGGAAGGCAUCUGGUCUCCACGGGCUGAGCGUGACCCACCCCAGCUGCACACCCUCUGUCGGGAUGCUGUGAUGAUCAGCACGUGGCUGGAGCUGCCUUCCCACCUGGCCCGCGUACAUGCAUGUUCUGUGUGUCCUGUCCCGUGUUCUACACACAAAAUCUCUUGGUGUCCAGUUUAACACCGGAGGAUUAUGUUAUUUUGGCUGGGUUCCUUUUGCCACUUGUGUUCUUCAAGCUGGCCGGGGGGGUCGGAGUGGUCCGGCAUGGCUCAGAGCAGGGUGAGAAUCGAUUCAUUUCGGGAUUGUGUUUAUUUGUAACAGCCAUCUCCUUGACUUCCACCUGCAAAACUGCUGCUGCCAUCGUUUUUGCGGUCGGUUUGGGAAACCAGGCUGGUCCUGGCAGUGGGAGGGCAGCGAGGGCACCUCGGGGCAGCUGCAGGAAUUGAAUCCUGAUGGAUUUAAACUAUGCGGGGGGGGUGUAGGGGUGUUCAUCCCCCAGCCAUGCCCAGAAUGGGGCAGUCUGUCCUGCACCCCCAUGGGGACAUAGAGGAUGGAAUCCUGUCUGGCAAAGCAGCGAUUCCUUCAGUUUAGGGGUGAAUAUCCCAGCAGUUAUCUCAGCUUCCCAUCGCUUACGGGUGCGUUGCUGAGCGAACUCGAGCAGAGAUCACCGCUCAGGGAGAGGAGCUGGUGGCAAAGUGUGACUCGUCCUAGUGACCAAUAAACCCUUAGGGGAAAUUUUUCAGCUGCCGCACAGCGUGGCCGUAUGGAAGGGCUGUGUUUCUCGUGCCAGUGCCCAGCUGCUGCCCUCCCCUCUGAGCUGGCACCUUUUUAUUCACAUUUUUUCACUUAAAGUGUCUCUGUAUUGUCAGUUUGUGAGUGGGGUGAAUGCUGAUACCCCCACACUACUGCCUGUGACCCACUAACCCAGCCCUCUGUCCAGCUGCACCAGAUGUGACUCUUUUUACCUUAAAACCACUCAAAACGGGGUUCGUUGUUCAGGUUUAGCUCCUGCCACAAACACUACGCUUUGCAGGAAUACUUUAUUUUCCGCAGUAAUGCAGGGUGUGUGUUUGAGGGGGUGCGGUGGAGGGGUCUUGCAGGCAGGGAGUGAUGCUUCGCUCUGCCUCGGGGAUGGGAACAGCCCCAAAUCCCUGCCCAAGCUCCCGCUGCCAGUUUGUCCAUCCUCAACAGCAGCCCAAGAGGUUUAAAGCGUGAACAUUACCCUUAUAGGGAGGUGCCAAGGGCCGGCCCGUGCGCCGGGAGUUUUGAAAUCCCUGGCAAAGCAGGGAUUGCCCCCCUCCUCAUCCCACGGUCAGCCCAGCCCCAGCCAGCCUUGCCUGGGCCGCGGGAUGCCUGGCGUUCCUGCAGCAUCCCAGGGCCAUCGCCACGCUCCUCGCGGCCGCCGAGCCCUGGCAGAGCCGGUGGCUGGAUUGGCUGUGGUGGCCAAACCUUUCCUUUUUAGGCUGCACGCCUGCUCUGGCUCCAGGCCUCGCUGCCGUGGUCCCAGCUUCCAACUGCCCGUGCCGGGCCUCCCGUCCCGGCCGGCUGCGGUGCUGUGGAUCGAGGUGAGCUGGGAAUCCUGCGGGGAUGGGAAGCUUUGAGCCAACCCACCCGUCUCCGGGGCUGGAAAAGCGCUGUGCCGGGUGCUGCGGCGCGGGGUGCCAGGCUGGCAGCUGCGGUUUGCGCCAUCCCGGGGCUCGAGGUGGCUCUGGGCACGGUUCACGCCGCCCUGGCAGGGCAGGGUCCUGCCAGCGGCUCUCCCAGCACCGGCCUGGGCCGCUGCCUCCAUCCAAUCCCCUCUUCUUUUCCCCGUUCUGGCUUCGGGGUUAUGUUUUUUUCUUUCUCAGCAUGUCAUAUAUGGCAACCUUUUGCCUCGGUGACCUCAUGUUUGGCGGCAGCCCAAGGGAACCAGGCUGGGGUGCGAGGCGGCAGCGGUCCCCGGGGCUUGGGGCGUGCGCUGGGGACACCGGCGAGUGCAGAGCCACGGGCCAAAUGCAGUUCCUGAGUGCUGAGGUUUUCCUGGAGGAAAGGGAAUGGCUGGGCAGAGCCUGGAGACCUUGCUGGGGGUGCGAGCGGGCUGGCUGUGCCGAGGGGGCCGUGUCCCUGUCCUGCACCAUGGGGUGACACUGGGAUUCGGAUCCCUUCUGGUGAUGGUGGGUCCCUGCAGUUCUUGUCCUCAUUGCUGUACCUGUGACUCUUCGUCCCUGCUCAGGACCCACGUGCCCUGUAGGAGGCCACCCACGACCUCGUGCCUCAGUUUCCCUGUCUGCACCUGAGUUCUUGUAGCUCCUGGGGGAAGCUCCAGUGCAUCGCUCCUGCCACCCCCUGCCCCAGUGCUCGGGAGGGCCCACGCUGCGGGGCCGCUGCCCUUAAAAAGGCAGUUGGGCAUUUGGCAGCCGCUGGUUGGCGUCUGCCGAGGCUGCAGCCAUGGGGUUGGGGUGUCUCUGGCCCCAACGCUGCAUUCGGGCAGGGGGGUGACAGCACCCGCAUCGCCCCUUGAGGGUUUGGGUCCUCCUGCCUCCAAAAUCCUCCCAGGGUGAGAGCUGCGUGCGCCCAUGACGCAGGGCUUGGCUUCUGACCCUCUGGUCCUGGCUCUGCUCCAGCUGAGGAUUUGGGACCAAAAGCCCAAAACUGGGGCAGCACGAGAGAAUCCCGGGGAGAGGCAUCCCAAAGGUGCCGGAUGCCAGGGAGACACGGGAGAGGAGAGGCAUCCCAAAGGUGUUGGAUGCCAGGGAGACACGGGAGAGGAGAGGCAUCCCAAAGGUGCCGGAUGCCAGGGAGACAUGGGAGAGGAGAGGCAUCCCAAAGGUGCCGGAUGCCAGGGAGACACGGGACAGGAGAGGCAUCCCAAAGGUGCCGGAUGCCAGGGAGACACGGGAGAGGAGAGGCAUCCCAAAGGUGCCGGAUGCCAGGGAGACACGGGAGAGGAGAGGCAUCCCAAAGGUGCCGGAUGCCAGGGAGACACGGGAGAGGAGAGGCAUCCCAAAGGUGUUGGAUGCCAGGGAGACACGGGAGAGGAGAGGCCGGGAGGAAGCGAUGCACCAGCCUGGUGUGUUCCCAGGGUGUUGUCAAUGCCACCUUCUCCCUGCUCCGGGGUGUCCCCCACGGCACUGCCUGACCCCCACCUCCACCCGGGGUGGGGGGGUGGUUCUCCACGCUCUCCCCAAGACCCGGAGAUGCUUCCACCUCCUUUUUGCCGAGACCAUCACUUAUAAGGACUUAUGUCUCACUUGUUUAUCGGAGCGGAGCGUAAAAGGAACAGGCUCAU